UCAUGUGAGUUUGACGAACCUAUGUAGUAAGGAUAGACAAAAUGUUUCCUUCCAACUCAUUAGCUGCAUGAAUGGUGAUCCAUCAAAUGGAAUGCAAGGGAAAGUGGGGAAAGAACACUUGAUGGAGAUGGAAGGAGUUAAAAAUGAAGGGCUAAUCAGGUUUGAUUGGGAUGAAGAGAUUGGGUACCCAGGAGCCAUGUUGGUUACAAACAACCAUUCUUCCAAGUUCUUCCUCAAAUCUAUCACUCUUCAUAUCCCUUAUUGGGGAAACAUUCACUUCAAUUGCAACUCCUGGAUUCAGCCUAAGAAGUACGUACAUCAUCGCAUUUUCUUUCUCAAUAAGGCAUAUCUUCCUAAUCAAACACCGAGAGUACUUCAAAAGUAUAGAGAAGAUGAACUGGUGAAAAUGAGAGGAGAUGGUAAACAGAAACGCCAAAGCUGGGAAAACAUAUAUGAUUACGACGUCUACAAUGAUAUUAGCGAUCCAGAUUCUAACUCUACAAAUAACCGACCCAUUCUUGGAGGGUCAAAAGAAUAUCCUUAUCCUCGUAGAGGAAGAACGGGGAGGCCACGUUCACGAAAAGAUGAUAGAUAUGAGACGAAACCUUUUAUCGAAGGCAUUUACAUUCCGUGUGAUGAAAGAUUUAGUGAUUUGAAGGAAUCAGAUUUUCUUUUACAUCAAGUUAAAUCAACAUAUGGAUUUAUUAAAGGUAAAAUUAAAGCUACAUUAAUUGAAAAUUCUCCGAAACGAUUCGACUCCCUCGAAGAUUUCUUUGCACUCUAUCGACCGCGUUCCUUCUUUCGAGGAUCGAAAUUUCCACUACCCCAAGUGAUCAAAGGUGAUCAAUUCGGAUGGAGGACUGAUGAAGAAUUUGCUAGAGAAAUGUUGGCAGGAGCAAACCCGAUGAUCAUUCGUCGUCUCCAAGAGUUCCCACCAACUAGCAAGCUUGACCCUGAUGUUUAUGGUGAUCAAACCAGCAAGAUUACCAAAGAACACAUAAUUAAUAGUUUAGAUGGACUCACGAUAGAUCAGGCCAUUGCGAAGAACAAGCUCUAUAUACUCGACCACCAUGAUUUAGUAAUUCCGUAUCUUAAAAGAAUAAAUGCAACUUCGAGAAAAAUUUACGCUACAAGAACAGUUCUCUUCUUAAAACAAGAUGGGACUUUGAAGCCUUUGGCAAUUGAAUUGAGCUUGCCGCACCCUCAAGGAUACGAACUCGGAGCCAUUAGUAGAACAUUGUUGCCACAUCAAGACAAGGUUGGAGAAGCACUUUGGCAACUAGCUAAGGCUUAUGUUAGUGUCAAUGACUCUGGACACCACCAGCUCGUUAGUCAUUGGUUGAACACUCACGCCGUAAUUGAGCCAUUUGUGAUUGCAACGAACAGACAACUCAGUGUUCUUCAUCCAAUUCACAAGUUGCUUGUUCCUCACUUUCGAUACACCAUGAAGAUUAAUUCUCUUGCGAGAGCAAACCUCAUUAAUGCCAAUGGCGUUGUCGAGAAAACUCAAUAUCCCUCUAAAUAUUCAAUGGAGAUGUCUUCGUUUGCUUAUCGAAGUUGGAAUUUCACUCAACAAGCACUCCCUGCUGAUCUAAUCCGGAGAGGAGUUGCUAUUGAGGACUCAAGCGCCCCACAUGGACUCCGAUUACUAAUAGCGGAUUAUCCAUAUGCUGUUGAUGGACUUGACAUUUGGGCAGCCAUCAAGACAUGGGUACUAGAGUAUUGCUCACUCUACUACGAGAAUGAUGACAUGAUUCGUAAGGAUCAAGAGCUACAAUCAUGGUGGAAGGAGGUUCGAGAAAGAGGCCAUGAAGAUAAGAAAGACGAACCAUGGUGGCCAAGGAUGGAGAGUUUUGAAGAACUAAUCAACAGUUGCACGAUUAUCAUAUGGAUUUCUUCAGCUCUUCAUGCUGCAGUUAACUUUGGACAAUACCCUUACGGUGGUUUCCUUCCCAACCGACCGUCUCUCAGCAAAAGAUUCUUACCUGAAGAAGGGACGGCUGAGUAUCUAGAGCUGCAGUCUGAUCCCGAAAAAGUUUUCAUGAAAACAAUCACUUCGGAACUACCAGAAGUUGAUAUUUUGAAUAUCUCAACGAUUCAGUUUCUAUCUACGCAUUCUCAAGACGAGUCCUAUUUAGGGGAAAGAAGCGAUCCAUAUUGGACUUUUGAUCAAGAAGCUUUAAAUGCAUUCGAGAGAUUUAAGAAACGGCUUGCUGAAAUUGAAAUAAUGAUAGCGGAAAGAAACCAAAACUUCACGUUGAAGAAUCGUGUUGGACAACCCAUGAGCAUGGCGUACACUUUACUACUUCCUACCAGCAAAGAUGGGAUUACAAUGCGAGGAAUUCCCAACAGCAUUUCUAUUUGA